GGAGGAGGAGGGAGUGGAGUGGAAGGGAGGGGAUGGAGAGAUAGGUCCAUUGUUUGGUUUAUUUAAAAUAGGGUGGAAGGGAGUGGUAAGUAAUGGGCCAACAUCCAUCAUGCUCCAUUACAUUCCAUCAUAUUUGCUCCCCCCAAAUUGGAUGGAAAGGAAUGGAAAGGAAAAUUGGUCACUUAAUUAAAUUAUGAAAAUACCAUUCUACCCAUGGUAACCUCCAUUCAUAACUUCUCCUAGUUGGUGCCCUAAUUUUCUCUCAUCAGUCAUCACGUAACAAAAUCUGGCGGCAGAUGACAAAAGCUUCCCGCCUUUUACCUUGAUAAUACUCUUUCACCCAUUCCCAGUUGCUGCCAUCGUUGUUUGCUCCUUCUCUUGGCUUUUCCCUUUGCCCUGCAAUUGCUCUCUGCUGCAAUCUUUUCCCUUGGCAAGAUGACUAAUCAAGAUAUAAGAUCCAAACGGUGGCAGUUGCUUCAAAUGAUAAUGGUUCAAGUGUCAUGCCUCAUAAUCCUAAUCUGUGCACUAAAAACCAAGAUUAGAAGAUCCCGGAUACCUUCUAGAAUCAUAGAACAUAGAGAUAGAGUAAGAGAUGAAAUCAUGAGACAAAUUGUAGGCAAUGAUCGAUGUCGUGAUAUCAUUCGUAUGGGUCCUCAAGCUUUCUUAAGCUUGUGCACAAUAUUAAGAGAGCAAGGUGGACUUCGGCAUACACGACGAGCGACAAUAGAAGAGCAAGUAGCAAAAUUUCUGUACAUAGUAGGGCACAAUGUGAGAAAUCGUGUAAUGUCCUUUUUCUUUAGACGCUCUGGAGAAACUGUUAGUCGUCAUUUUCAUAGAGUACUACAAGCUGUGAUAGAGUUGGAGGAAGUAUAUUUGAAACAGCAGAUGGAACACAUGUUCCUCAAGAGAUACUUGACAACCAUAGGUUUAACCCAUAUUUUAAGGACUGUGUUGGAGCAAUUGAUUGUACACAUGUGCGUGUUAAAGUUCCAGUAGAACAUGCUCCUAGGUAUCGUGGAAGGAAAGAGUAUCUCACACAAAAUGUUUUUGCUGCAUGUUCUUUUGACUUGAAAUUUACAUAUGUCUUGCCUGGGUGGGAAGGAACAGCAUCAGACUCAAGAAUAGUGAAAAGUGCAUUGACCCGUGAAUACGCUCUUAAAGUUCCACAAGGAAAAUAUUAUCUUGCCGAUGCUGGAUUUCCUUUAAAGGCUUGUCUCAUAACACCAUAUAGGGGGGAAAGAUACCAUUUACAAGAAUACUCUAGAAACCCACCACAGAAUGCACGUGAAUUAUUCAAUAAUUGACACUCAUCAUUAAGAAUGGUCAUUGAAUGUGCAUUUGGAGUAUUGAAGAAGAGAUUUCCAAUCAUACAGAGUGCAAGUGAACCCACUUUUGGUGUUACAACUCAAAAAAAAAUCAUUCUUGCUUGCUGCAUUUUACACAAUUAUUUGAUGGGUGUAGAUCCCAAUGAGAAUUUAAUAGAUGAGGUAUAACGCGAUCUUGCAAGUGGAAGUGGUUUUCAAGAGGGUCACCAAACUCAUAGAGAAGAUAAUGAUGAUUCAGCUAGAGGAGAGUUAAUUAGAGAUAAUGUUGCAGGACAUAUGUGGCGAGAUUACUAAAAAGUUGUUUUCAUUGGUUGUUAAGUUUUCUAGUUAUGUAAUUUGGUAUACUUUUGUUGGUUUCUGUUUAUUCGUACCUUUAUUUAUUAUGUUGGGAUUGAUUUUUAAUUUGAAAUAUGUACUACUUUUUUGUGUUCAUUAUUUAGUUUGCAUUGUGUAUUAUCUUGUUGGUUUAUAUGUGAUUCAUUUUUAAUGAGGUCAGGUAUGGAAGCCAAUAAAAAGAAGGCAAAGGAACCUAAAGUUGUUGCUGUAUUGAGUUGGACAACGGCUAUGAACGAGGUUUUAAUUGAUGCAUAUUUGCAUCAACAAACUUUGGGGAAUAAAAAUGGCAAUGCUAUGACGUCAAAUGCAAUGGACAUCAUUCUACAAGAACUACAGAACCACUUUCCAGACAAGGCUAUUUCUAAAGAAAAGAUAAAAGAUCACAUGAAGCACUUAAAAUCGAAGUUCACUUCUUGUUAUGAUCUCUUCAAGAAUGGUCUAAGUGGAUUUUCAUGGGAUCCAAUAACAAGCAUGUGGAUUGCUGAACCUGAAGUGUGGAAAAAGCUUAUUGAGGCUAGACCUGAAGCUGCUGAAUGGAGAACCAAGCCUACCUUAUUUUAUGAUAAACUAGCACAACUUUUUGGAAAAGAUCGAGCAACUGGAGAGGAUGCAGAAACAGCAGCUGAAAUUAGAGCAAGAAGAGCUACACGUACUGGAAUCACCAUAGAAGACAUUGACAAUUUGGUAUCCACCAAUGAAGCUAGUAUAGAGGGAUUUGAAGCUGAUGAUGGAGUUCCUCUUGAGUCAUCUCAUAUAUGGCCUUCUACUGCCCGUUCUCAGGUUGUGAACUCUUCUAGGCCUAAGAAAAGGGCAAAAAGAGUUGAGGAGGAUGAUAUAAAUACGAGUGAUCUUGGGAAAUCUAUUCAAGAAAUGGUCGAGGUGUUUAAAAUGAACACGGUUGAGCUUAACAAGAAACAAAAUAAUACUGGUGGUGAGGAUAUUUGGGCACAAUUAGUGGACAUAGGUGUUGAACCAGCUUCCUUGCUUGAUGUGUAUGUGCACCUUGUGAAAAAUCCUGAUGAUCUGAAAGCUUUUAAUGGAGUUCCACUUCAAAUGCGCAAGGAGUUGCUGCAUCGUCUAGUGCCAAACUAUUAUCCUAAUUAUUAGCUUCUUGAGUUUUAUGUUUUAGUUAUAAUGCAAUUAUAGUUUUUCCCAUCUACGUUUUAUUCAUGUAGGAUUUCAUGCUUUUUAUUAUGUGUUGACCUUAUUUUUAUACUUAAAUUGGUUCUGUUAUGAAUUAUUUGGAUCC